AUGUUUCACCGACGCCGCCCUGCUACUACAGUCACUCGCACCACCAAGCCCACUCUGAUGACCAGACUCAAGGGCCGAAAUGCGAAAUCACGCACUGUCAAAACCACAACUACAACACACCCGACAGUCACUGCUUCAGGUACCCGCCAUACCGGCCGUACGGGUCCUACUGGGGGCAGCCGAUUCAGCACUCGGAGACACCAUGGGGCCACCACUGCCACUCACACUCGCCGGCGCAAGCCCAGCCUUGGCGACAAACUCUCCGGUGCCAUGUUGAGGCUGAAAGGAAGCCUGACUCAUCGACCUGCUGUCAAGGCUGCUGGAACCCGCCGCAUGCACGGCACUGAUGGACGUGGGAGCCGUCUGCACCGUGUCUACUAA